AUGACCAGUCAAGCUCGGACUGCCUCAAAACAACCCGACUUUCACCCGAUGUCCAAGCUCGGGCGACCAUGUUGGCUAGCGGGUUGCUCAUUGAUUGCAUGCAUUUUAAUCGCGCUAGCCUACUUCCUCCAGUUGAUACCAAGUCCUCCGGCUGCCUUAGUCGUACCUGAGCAUGAUCAAAAAGAUGAGCUCGUCAUUCGGCCACAGAUUGAGCUUCAUCCGGAGGACCAUAUUCACCGGGCACCUGUUACACAGCACUUGGAUUGGCGAGUCACUUCUGCCCACCGCCGGCCGGAUGGCGUUUUGAAGCGAGUUUGUCUCAUCAAUGGUCAGUUCAACAAACCAUUAGGUCUAAGUGCCGGCAAACUGACUAAAGUCACCAUUCUAGACCUGUUCCCCGGGCCAACAAUUGAAGCGCGAUCUGGGGAUACCUUGAUCAUCAGCGUCACCAAUGAAUUGCCAGAGGAAUCAAUCGCUUUGCAUUGGCAUGGCCUCUUGGUGACCAAUGACAUGGAUGGCGCAGUAGGUGUUUCCCAAGAUCCAAUUGCGCCUGGGAUGAAUUUCGUCUAUAACUUGACAAUCCCUUCAAGCCAAAGUGGUACUUUCUGGUAUCAUGCUCACUCGGGGGUCUCACGGGCAGACGGCCUCUACGGCGGCUUGAUUGUCCAUGCUCCGGCGCCCAAGUCAACUGUUAGAGGCUUAGCUUCCAAUACACUCAGUCAGACCCCCGGCUUCUCAUACGACAAAGAGGUUCUGCUUUUAAUCGGGGACUGGUAUCAUCGACCUGCGCAGGACGUUUUAGACUGGUACACAGAUCCUGGAAAUUUUGGAAACGAGUUCGAUCACCACACGAUUAAUCUGUUACAGGUAGAUAGCGUUGAUGUUCAGCGCACAAAAGAUCAAUACAUGAAUUCACUCGGCACUCUGUAUCCCGGUCAGCGCAUGGAUUUUGUUCUGAUCCCGACAGAGGAUACCAAGCGACAUUCAUCUAUGACAGUACAGUUGAACCAAGAAUGCUUCAAGUACGCGAAUCCAGCACUCACUCCAAAUCAAAGCUUCAUCCUCAAUUCCGAAACUCGAUCUUCAUCAACUACAACAACAUCUCCAAUCAAGAUCCGUCAUUUGAACAUCCAAGAAAUGCCCUCUUCAUCUACAAUUAUUCAAGAUAUUCCCCCUAACGCACAUCAAACACAUGUUCUCUACACCAAAAUUCAAAAAAUGGCUCGGUAUUCAAACAAGCCCUUCGGCUACUUCAAUCAAACGACAUGGAGACCCCAGCAAGUCCCUCCUCUCCCACUGAUCUAUCUUCCCCGAAGCAAAUGGGAUAAAAAUCAGCUAUCAAUAUCCACAGGUCCAAGUCCCGCAUGGAUAGACCUCGUCAUCAACAACCUAGACGAAGGACCACACCCAUUCCACCUACACGGCCACAGCUUCUACAUCCUAGCAACCCACCAAUCCGAGUACGGCUGGGGCUCAUACAAUCCCUUCGUCGACCAGAUCCCACCCCAUAUUUCUGAUUCAGAGAACCGCGGCGAUGGAUUAGGCCAGUACGAUCUAUCACGGGCCAGUUUACGUGAUACAGUCCAGAUUCCCAGUCGAGGGUAUGCAGUGCUUCGUUUCAGAGCUGAUAAUCCUGGGGUGUGGCUUCUGCAUUGUCAUGUUCUCUGGCAUUCUGUGACGGGUAUGGCUAUGCUGAUUGACGUUCGAGGCGAUCCGGAAGGAGUAGCUGCGCAUAACUUCGAUGCAUCCUAG